UAUGAUCUUUUUUUAUUAAUGUGAAUCAUAUUAAUCAAUGAUUAAAUUUUUAACUGAUCUUGCAUUCCUAAGAGGAAGUGAACUUACAAUUUAUUAUCCUCUAUUCAUUUCUACAUUUAGUGUACUAACAUUUUUUAUGUAUAUGAACAAGGUAUGUUUUGAGUUGUAUUUUUCUGGUCUUGGAAAUAUUCUGAAAAAGUUUUUUUUUUUUUUUCUCCUUGCAUUCACAUUAUCAAGCCCUUACAUAUUUGGUAAACCUACCUGUAAAACAAUUUGAAACUUGUGUUUGGUGGGCAUGUUUUAAACUACUGAUUUUUUUCAUUACUGACUGGAUAUAAUCAGGGUUAGUAAUUUAUUUUUUGAUUUGAUUUUAUUUUUUAUCAUGGUUUAGGUGAAAGUUUACAGAGCAAAUUUGUUUCUCAUUCAAAAAUUUAUACACAAAUUGGUGACACUGGUUUUAAUUCUGCCUUUUGUCAGCACUCUUCCCCUUUCCACCCUGGGUUCCAUUAGUCUGCUUUUCCUGUCCCUUCCUGCCUUCUCCUCUUUGUUUUGGGCAGGUGUUGCCCGUUUGAUCUUGUAUACUUGAUUGAUCAAAGAACAACAUUCUUCAGUGUGUUGUUUGCUUUAUAAAACAAAAAAAAAAUUGUUUUAUAGGCCUGCCUAAUCUUUGACUGAAAGGUGGGCUUUGGGAGUGGCUUCAGUUCUGAGUUAGAAGGGUAUCCAGGAGCAUAGACUUGGGGGUUUGUCCAGUCUCUAUCAUACCAGUUAGGCUCUGUCUGGGACCUUCUGUUGUAAUCCCAGUCAGAGCAGUUGUGGUAGCUGGGCACUAUCUAGUUCUUCUGGUGUCAGGGUCAUGUAAGCUGUGGUUCAUGUGGUCCAUUAGUCCUUUGGAUUAAUUGCUCCCUUGAGUCUUUAGUUUUUUUUCACUCUCCUUUGUUCCAGACUAGAAGAGUCUGAUGAUUGUAUCUUAGAUGGCCACUCACAAGCUUAUAAGACCUCAGAUGCUACUUACCGAAGUAGGAUAUAUAACAUUGUCUUUCAGAGCUAUGUUGUGCCAAUUGAUGUAGAUGUCCUGCAAAUCUGUAGCCCUUUGCCUCUGAGCCUGGGAACUUCAUCCCAUGAGGUGUGUAGUUAUGCCUAAGAGGUUUCCUGACUGUGGCAUUUGUGUGCUCUACUGUCUAUAUUAGUAUAUGAGGAGCACCUACAGUCAUGUAUUUAGAAAUUUCCACCACUGAACUGGUAUCUGCUAGUCGGUUUGUAUUUCUUUCAGAGCAUUGCUGGAAAGUCGUACUUCUUGCUAGCAAUUUAUCCAUUACCUGUAAAUUCCUUUUUUUUUUUUGGUUUAUAUUUUCACUGCAGCGCGUGUAAUUAUGACCCAUUUCCUUCGUAACUGUCUUUGUCUAUGCUUUGUUUCUCUCAAAGGGAAAUUGCUAAGGGUUUGUCAGUUUCAUUAGUGCUCAAAGGUAAAUUUUUAACUUUUCUGAUUCUCUAUUUUUUAAAAAUGUUAAUUGUUUUUAUUUUCAUUUUCUCUUUAAACCUUUAUGCUGCUGUUCUUUCUCCAACCUCAUAAGUCAAUGUUUAGCCUAUUGCUGAUUUUUUUUUUUCUUCUCUAGGAGUUGAUGAUGGUUAUACAUAUACAAUUAAAUAUACCCACCAGGUAUUGAUUUCCAGUGUUAUCUGACACAGUUAUUUUAAUUUUCUGCCUGUACCCUGCCACAUAACCAAUCUUGACUUCCUAGAGAUAAAUACAUGUAGCCUUUUCCCUUUAAUGUGUUGCAUUUUUAUGUGUUGCACCUAUCACCACCUGAUACAUUAUUUUGUUUAUUGACUAUCCUCCUCCCACCCCUAUUGUAACAUCCAAGUGCUUCAAAGUUUCUCUGUUUGUUCAGUGCCCUAUCCCCUGCAUUUGUAUGUAGUAGGGUCAGGUUAAGUAUUAUCUAAAUGAAUUUAUAAAAUAAAGGAGCAGGAGAUAAAGGCCUUAAAGGAGAAGGAGCAUGCAAAGAGAAGACAUUUUUAUAGAAUACUUCAUUUGUCUACUCUUCAUAGUGCCCAGCAGGGUUCUAAGUAAGUCCUGGUAAUGUCGGGGAAUAAGGGCCUUAACAACAACUAAAUUGUAAGGCAUAUGGUCAGAAAUAUACUGGUUAGGAGUUUAGGGUUUCAAGAUGAAUAGACCUGCAUUCAUAUCCUGCCUCAAGAGCUUUCUAGUUGGUUAAUAUUGAGCAUGUGAUUAAUUGACUCUGUUUCUAAGAUUCCUCAUCUAUAAACUAGUCAUAACAAUAUCUGAUUUAUAGAAUUUCUAUGAUAAAUAACCUAUCUCUUUGUGACAUCUUCCUCACAUCAUAAUUGCUAAAUAAAUGGCAUGUUUUGUUAUUAAUAAAGAAUGUUACUGUAUUUAUUGGCUUAAAAUACACUGCUUGUUCUACUGCAGUGGAAGAAACUAUUGAGUUCUUGUUUGAAAUUUGUGAACCAGCUCUUGAAAUACCACAGUAUCAGAGAUAAUACAAGAUGCCAACUUCAGGGGACAUGGAGGAAGAAAGAAUAGCUGCUGAGUUACCGAAAAAUAUGAAACAAGACUCAGUGGUCUUUGAGGAUGUGGCUGUGGACUUUACUCAAGAGGAGUGGGCUUUGUUGAAUCUUGCUCAGAGGAACCUCUACAGAGAUGUGAUGCUGGAAAACUUCCAGAACCUGGCCUCACUAGCAGGGUACCCGCUACACAUACCCCAUCUGAUCUCUCAGUGGGAACAAGAGGACCUGAAGACAGUGAAGAAGGGACUUAUCCAGAGCAUCUGUACUUGGGAGCACCAGGAAGGCCUUGAGACUCAACUUAAGAUCAGUGAAUCAGUUGCUCAGCAAGAUAUUUUUGGGGAAAAAAUAUCCAAUGAACAGAAAAUAGUAAGAUUCAAAAGGAAAGAUUCCUGGUCCUCCAAUUUACAUGAAAACCAAGAAUACCAUGGUAUUGAUUAUCAGAACAGUAACCAUGAGAGACAUUUGAGAAGUCACGUGGUGAAGAGAAUCUAUGAAUGUAAUGAAGGAAAUCAGUGUGGACAAGCCCUCAGCCAAAUUCCAAAUCUUAAUAUGGUCAAGAGAACUACUGGAGUAAAACCGUAUGAAUGCCAUGAGUGUGGAAGGGCCUUCAGGGAUCAUUCAUCUCUUAAGAGUCACGUUAGGUCUCACACUGGAAGCAAACCCUAUCGGUGUGAGGAAUGUGGAAAAGCCUUCCAUUUUCUUGCUUCUUUUAAGAAACACGUGAAAACUCUCUUUGAAGAGAAACCUUAUGAAUGUAAGGAAUGCACCAAAGCCUUUAAUUGUUCCUCAUCCUUUAGGGCACAUGUGAAGAGUCAUACUGCAAAGAUAAAGUAUGAAUGUAAGGAAUGUGGGAAAACCUUUAGUUGUUCCUCAUCCCUCACAGAACACAAAAGAAUUCAUAGUGGAGAUAAGCCUUAUGAAUGUAAGGAAUGUGGGAAGGCCUUUAGUUGUUCCUCUUCCCUCUCUAAACACAAAAGAAUUCACAGUGGAGAUAAGCCAUAUGAAUGUAAGGAAUGUGGGAAAGCCUUUAGUUCUUCCUCCCACCUUAUAAUACAUAUAAGAAUUCACACUGGAGAAAAGCCUUAUGAAUGUAAGGAGUGUGGGAAGGCCUUCAGUGAGUCCUCAAAACUAACUGUGCACGUGAGGACACACACAGGAGAGAAACCCUAUAAAUGUAAGGAAUGUGGAAAAGCCUACAAUUGUCCCUCCUCCUUAAGUAUCCAUAUGAGAAAACACACUGGAGAAAAACCCUAUGAAUGUCUGGAAUGUGGAAAAGCCUUCUAUCUUCCUACUUCCCUUAAUACACAUGUGAAAAAUCAAAGUAGAGAGAAACCCUAUGAAUGUAAGGAAUGUGGGAAAGCCUUUAGUUGUCCCUCAUCCUUUAGAGUACACAUGAGAGAUCACACGGGAAAGGUACAAUAUGAAUGUAAGGAAUGUGGGAAAGUUUUUAGUCGUUCCUCAUCCCUCACUGAACACUUAAGAACCCACAGUGGAGAGAAGCCUUAUGAAUGUAAGGAAUGUGGAAAAGCCUUUAUCAGUUCCUCCCACCUUACAGUACAUACAAGAACUCAUACUGGAGAGAAACCUUAUGAAUGUAAGAAAUGCGGAAAAGGCUUUAUUUAUCCCUCAGCACUUAGGAUCCAUAUGCGAACACACACUGGGGAGAAACCCUAUGAAUGUAAGGAAUGUGGGAAAGCCUUUCGUCAUUCUUCAUACCUUACUGUACAUGCAAGAAUGCAUACUGGAGAGAAACCAUUUGAAUGUCUUGAAUGUGGGAAAGCUUUCAGUUGUCCCUCAUCUUUUCGAAGACAUGUAAGAAGCCACACUGGAGAGAAACCAUAUGAAUGUAAGGAAUGUGGAAAAGCCUUUGUUUGUCCUGCCUACUUUCGAAGACAUGUGAAAACUCACACUAGAGAAAACAUAUGAUGGUAAGGAAUGUGGGAAUGUCUAUAAGAUUUUUUUGAAAUCUUAGGCAACAUGAGUUAUCACACUCUGGAGACAACCUGUGAAAGUAAGGAAAGUCGUCACUCCUUUUGAAAACUUUUGAGAAUUCAGGCUACCUGUGUAUUGAAGUCAUGUGGGAAAGCUUUUAUGAACAUCAUUUAUGCAUAAGAAAAUUCAUAUCAGAAGUGAAGUCUUAUAUACUUCCAUCAGUGUUUCAUCCUUAGAAUGGGCUGCUAGCUCUAGUUUUCUAGCUUUUAUUUUCUGACAUGACUAAGGUGAUAGAUUUCCUGCUAAUACCUUUUUGGCUGUAACCACAUAUGUUUUAAUAUGAGGUGUUUUUAUUUAAGAUUAUAAAUAUUGUCUUAUUUCCAUUACAAAGUCCUUUGGACCUGUGGAGGAUUUGAAGUGUGUGUGUGUGUGUGUGUGUGUGUAUGUAUGUAUGUGUAUAUAUGUAUUAUGUAUUUUUCUUUUUUACAUAUAUGCAAGUAAGAGUGGUGGUUUUAUAAAUUAGUUUCAAUCCCCAUUAUUAUCUGAGCAUGCAGUCAUUAUGGUAUUGACACAUAUUUCAGGGGGAUUUCUUUUUGGUCUAACAUGUGACAUAUUGAAAUUGCUUACCCAGUAUUUACCUCCUUUUUUUAAGGUUAUCAGAUUUUACUCUUAAAAGACUUUGAUGUUCAAUAAGUAAUUUCAGCAGAAGUUAGUAAGUGUGCAAAGCUCUUGAAAGAGGACAGUCACAUCCAACGUGCAACUUUUGUAUUUUGUCCUUUGUUCUUUCUGGGAAUUGGACCCGGUGUUUUGAGUUAAAAAAAGAGGUCUCGUGACAUGAAAAUGAAAGCUAGAAGUUAACUUCGGUAUGCUGGGGACUGCAUUUUCCAGAACUGCUUCUUUGUUGGGUUCCUGGUUGGAGUUGGAAACCCUGGUGGUAUAGUGGUUAAGUGCUAUGGCUGCUAACCAAGAGAUCGGCAGUUCAAAGCCACCAGGUGCUCCUUGGAAACUCUAUGGGGCAGCUCUACUCUGUCCUGUAGGGUCACUGUGAGUCGGAAUUGACUCGAUGGCAGUGGGUUUGGUUUUGCUUUGGUGGUUAGGUUGUCUAAAAGAGGAGCUUGCAUGAGAUUUAGAGGACAGAAGGGGAGAAGCUAUUACUUUCAGUUUAGUGAAAUUAUCAUACAGGGAGACAGAUGCUUAGGGGCCUGUGGACUCCAGUUUCUAGCUCAUUUUCCUGAUUAUUAGACCCACUGAUGAAUACUGGUUCAAAACAGCAUUAAGGGCCUGACUUCAGUUAGUCAGAGGUUGCAGCGCCAUAGACAUCUCCAUAAUCACCCUCGACACAGCUGUUUUGAUUUCCGGCGUGCUCAUUUAUCAUCUUGCUGAUAUUACAGUCUCUCUGGCUCAUCAGCCAACUAUAGAGCCGAACCCAUUCAGGGGCAAGGUUGUUGUCGUCUGCACUGUCCUAUACCCCAUCAUGUCACUCUGUUCAUGGGAAAAGACAGGUCUGUGCUGCAAGCCCACUGUGAUCUUGUAAAAGCAAGAAGAGCUAUGGACAGUGACAGGGAAAUUAUUCUAGGCAUAACUGAGGUAAGGGUUUCACAGAAGUCUUAUCCCAUUUUAGUGGAGAAGGACUUGUAUUUGACACCUUCAAACCUGGAAGAUUUUACUGCCUUUUUAUCUGAGAAGAUAAGAGAUACUUGGUUUGAGCUUCUUCGGGUACAUUUAGCUACCCUCUUUCCUUACGUUGUAUUUUCUCUUUUUCUCUAAAAGUAUACCUGUGCCACCUUCCCUUUCUUCAGUGUUUACUUUUUUAUUAAGGUAGACAUACACUAACUCAUAGGCAUGAAGUAUCCUAAUCUUAAGUGGCCAGCCUGAUGAAAUUUCACAUAUGUAUUCCCCGAUUAGGAAACCGUGGUGGCGCAAUAGUUAAGUGCUACAGCUGCUAUCCAAAGGGUCAGCAGUUUGAAUCCACCAGGCGCUCCUUGGAAACUCUAUGGGGCGGUUCUACUCUGUGCUAUAGGGUCGCUAUGAGCUGGAAUCGACUCGAUGGCACUGGGUUUGGUUGGUUUUGGUUUUAUUCCCUGAUUCGAAACCCUGGUGGCAUAGUGGUUAAGUGCUAUGGCUGCUAACAAAGAGGUUGGCAGCUCGAAUCCACCAGGUGCUCUUUGGUAACUCUAUUGGGCAGUUCUACUCUGUCCUGUAGGGUCGCUAUGAGUCGGAAUUGACUCGAUGGGAGUGGGUUUGGUUUUCUGGUUUUAUACCCUGAUAAACAUAGAACAUUUCCAGGACUCCAGAAAGUUCAUUCAUGCUGCUUCUCAGUAAUUACCCCACAGUAGGUAAUUCUGACUUGUAUUAUACUUGAUUAGGUUAGGUUUGCUUGUUCUUGAUCUUCAUAUAAAUGUUAAAUAGGUAUAGUUUUGUGUUUGGCUUUUUUUUUCCCUUAACGCAUUGUCUGAAAUUUGUCUGUUUUGCGGCAUAUUUCACUAGUUUGUCUUUUGAUCACUUUUUUUUGGUGGACUUAUGCACCCAUUUCUCUUGGUAUAUAUGUAGGAAUGAGGCUACUGAAUCAUAGGGUAGGCUUUAUGUUUAAUUAUGGUGGGUAUUCCCAGUUUUUCAAGAAGGUUGAUUCAACCCGUAGUCCCAAAAGCAAUACAUGAGAGUUCUGGUUGUUCCAUAUAUCUUGCCAGUACUUUUUAAUUUUAGCCAUGCAGCAGAGGGUGCGGUUAUGUCUUGUUUUUGGUGUUAAUUUGCAUUUGCCUGAUAUAGGUAAUGAUGCUGACUACUUUUUCAUGUGCUUAUUGGCCAUUUGGAUAUCUUCUAUGAGGGUACCUGUUCAAGUGUUUCGUACAUUUUUCGGUUUCAUUGAUUUGAAGGGCUUACUUCUGGUUACCUGCAAUUUAUUGUAUGUACAUGUAUAUCUCUAUAGAGAAAAAUAUGUAUGUUGUAUGUAUACCAUUAUAUACACAUACUUGUAUAAGCCUCAUAUUAUAUAUUAUAUAUACAUAUAAAUGUACGUUAUGUAUACACACACAUUGCAGAUAACUUUGCCUAGUCUCUGCCUUGUCUUUCUAUCAUUUUUCUAAGCUAUAGAGGGGAAUUUACUGAUUUGGUUGCUGAAAAGUGUUUGGAUAUAAGUAACUUAAGGUAUGGCUGGAUGCUAGGGCUAAAAAGGUGUUAUCUGAAUGAGGUCUGUCUCCAUAUCUUAGCUAUGCAUUCUCCUGCAUUGACUUGUCUCCGAAGCAGGCUGUCUAGGGCCCCAGAAACUCUAGGCUGCUCUCUUCCUGGGUUGAAGUCUUACAAGAGAAUGAUCUUUUUGAGCUGUUCCAGUAUAAUUAUAAGCAUUGAAUCAUAAUGGCUCUCAUUGGCUCACUUGUCAGCCAAUAUCCAAUCCCUGGCCAGGAGGAAUAGAUUACUGGUUUAGGACUAGCUUUCCCAUCCUUAUCUGGAAACUGGAGGUGGAGUCUGUGCCAGAGUCCAGACAAUUGUGAUACACAUAAAGAGGGGAGGAGGCAGCAGUGGGCAGGUGGAUUGAACCUGCAGCUGGGAUCUAGAAAUAGAGCUAAUAAUGUCAGCUAGCAUGUUGUGCUGGCUGGGCUUAGCAGUGAGGGGGAACUAGGAGUUCUAGGAAGUCAGCCAGAGCUAGGCAGUUCCUAGAAAUCCUUUCAGGUCAAUUGCCAUAUGAUAGCAUGUUUAGAUUGCUAAAGAUACUUCUCAAUAUUUAAGAAGCAUAAAAAUCAGCUGGAUGUCUGAGUCCUGCUUAAGAAGUGUUUGCUCAGACCAAGAUAAUGAAUAUAUUCUCCUGUUUUUUGUCUCCCUCAGACUCUUCAUUGUUUAACUUCUUAUAUUUAGAUCUGUGAUCCAUUUUGAAUAAUUUAUUUGUAUGGUAUGAGGUGGGAUCAGGGUCUGUGCGUAUGUAUCUUCAGUUGAUCAGAAUAAUGUAUCAAAUAGACCAUGUUUUCGCCUCUGUGAAAUCUCUGUGCCUUGGUUCACUUAUCUUUCCUUGUACCAGUACCGCACUACCUUAAUUUAUGUUGCUUUUUUUGUAUUUUUGGGAAUCAGGCAAUGAGAGCCUUCCAGCUUUUUCAUUCUUCAAGAUCGUCUUGCCUUCUCUAUUUUCUAUUUAUUUCUAUAUUAAUUUUAGAAUCUCAUCAGUUUUCACAAAUCUUCUGGGAGUGGUUGGAAUUGCACUGCCUUUAAAAUAGACCAUUUUGAGGGAAAUUAAUAUCUUUGUAAUAGUGAGUCUUCCAGCUGAUGAGUGUUUACAUAGGUCCAUUUACCUAGGCCUUUAAUUUCUUUUAUCAGUGUUUUAUAGUUUUAAUUGUAGGGGUCUUGAAUGUCUUUGUUUAAUUUAUUUCUGGUAUGUGGUAUGUUUUACUUUGUACAUAUUAUUAAUUUAUUAAUUUCCUUUUCCAGUUGUUUUGGCUAGUAUCUAGAAUUGCAGUUUGUUUUUGUACUUGACCUUAUAGCCAGUGUUAUUUACAAAUUCAAUUAAUUAUUCAAGUGGUUUAUGGACUAUUUUUGAUUUUCUAUGUAUACAAUCAUGUCAAUAUCAAUAAAAGAAUGUUUUACUUAAUUUCUAAACUUUAUCUUUUGUUUCUUUGUCUUGCCUUAUUGUUUUAUAGUGAUGGAUAGCGUAAUGGUUAAUUUUAUGUGUCAGCUUGUCUGGGCACUGUUGCCCAGCUGUUUUUGGUCAAACACUAGUCUAGAUGUUGCCACGAAGGUAUUUACUUGUGAUUAACAUUUAAAUCAAUUGAACUUGAGUGCAUUACACUCCAUAAUGAAGGUGGGCCUCAUCCAAUCAGUUGAAUGUCCUAAGAACAAAAACAAAUUUCCCAAGGGAGGAGGAAUUCUGCCUCUAAGGGUAUAACGCAUAUCCUGCCAGCCUUUCCAGUCUACCACCUAACCUACCAAUUUCAGACCCGCAAUUGCCAGAGUUUCAAACCUGUCACCUAACCUAUAUGCAUUUUGGACCCAGGAUAGCUGGAGUUUCCAGCCUAUUCUCUGACCUGCUGAUUUUGGGCUUGCCAGACACCACAGGUGUGUCAGCCAAUUCUUUUAAUCAUUCAGUCAGUCUCUCCCUCUGUAUGUAUGUAUAUAUUAUCUCUCUCUCUCUAUUUCUUGGGAGAACCCUGACUGAUAGAAAUGAUGAAAAUGGAAAUCCUUGCCUUGUUCCCAAUCUUGGGAAAGUGUUUUAAUAUUUCACCAUUAAGUAUAAUGCUAACUCUGAGGUUUUCAGAUACCUUUAUUAGAUUAAGGAAAUAGAGCUCUAUUCCUAGAUUGCCAAGAUUUCUAUUUAUCAUGAACGGUUACCAAAUUUUUAUUUAGUGCUUUUUCUACAUGUAUAUUUAAAAAAAAAAAAGUCCUUUGGUCUUCUGAGUGGUAAGUCGCUGUAUUUCUUGAUUUUCAAAUGAUAAAACAACAUGAUUGCUGAAAUCAAACCACACUUAGACAUAUUUGCCUUUCAUAUUACUAGAUCCAAUAUGCUAGUUUUAAAAUAUUAUUUCUGUGCCAGCAUUAAUGAGAAGUUUGGCCUGUAAUUUCAUUUCUCAUGCUUUGCUUAUCUAUUUUUUGUAUGAAGUUUAUACUGGCCUCAUAAAAGGAGUUGGAAACUGUUCUGAAAGUCUUUACAUAAGUUUCAGUUAUCUAUUCCUUAUAUAUUUGAAAUAGUACACCAGUGAAACUGUCUUUAGGUUUUCUUCAUGGGAAGCUUUUGUAAGACGGUUUCACUGGUGAAUUAUUCCAAACGUAUAAAUAGACAAAGGACUUUUAAAUUCUUUAUUCUUGUGUUACUUUUGAUUAAAUUUUAUCUGUCCAUAACUUUCCAAAUUUGUUGAUGUAAAGUUGUUCAUA